GUCUGAACCAGCGGCCGUCAUGCUACAUGUCUGUACUGAGUUGAUUGUCUCUUUUAUCGUCGUUUGAGUCUCCUAUGCCCGAUUUGUUCAAAGUUCCAGAUAUAAAUUGCUUUGUCCGUUUAGCAAGACCUCAGCAUCAGCAAUCGUAAGAUACCACUCGAAAUGGGCGACACAUCUCUACCGGACGUCCCAACCACAGCCCUUGACCACUCCGAAUCUUCAUUCAACCUUCUUCCCCUUAGGAUCCUGACGCACAACAUCCGAUAUGCCAACGACCAUCCAGACGCCCACGAGUGCAAAUGGCCGGAGCGUUUCCCCCAUCUGUCCAGCCACUUCAAAUAUCACACCCGCACACACUCCUCCCCGCCAUCAACAAUAGUCUGCAUGCAAGAAGUCCUGCACCACCAACUCCAAGAUCUGAUGCGCAACACCUUCAACUCCUCGCACCCUGCUGACUGGACCUCCAUCGGCGUCGGGCGCGAUGAUGGCGCGACCAAGGGCGAAUACAGUCCCAUCCUCUUCCGUCAGUCUGCAUGGCAGUGCACGCACUCUGAAACCGUCUGGCUCAACGAGACUGGCGAAGUCGGCAAGAAGGGCUGGGACGCAUCGAGUGUUCGCAUUCUCACCUGCGCCGUCCUGAAAUCCAGGCUUUCCUCUUCACCGACGGAUCCACAUGACGGAGCGGGCAGCAAGACGAUACUCGCGUUGAACACGCACCUGGACGAUCAAGGUGAGGUGUCCCGUCGUGAAUCGGCAAGAUUGAUCAUUGCAAAGGCCAUCAGACUCCAAGACCUGUACCACCCGGACUUUACGUUUCUUGCAGGCGAUUUGAAUAGUCGGCCCAGUGGAGAUGCAUAUCGUCUCCUCAACACUGCUCGUUCUGGUUUCGUGGACACGCGACGGCUGAUCCCUGACGACGGCAACAUAGACGGCAUGAUCUAUGCAUAUGGGAACGAGAAGACAUUUACCGGAUUCGAAGGCGACCCGGCCGCGGAAGGGAAGCAUAGGAUCGACUUUGUCCAUUUGGGUAUCUCGAAAGACGCCGACGAAGAAUCGUCGGAGCUGGAGAAGGCGAAGAAGAUGGUUCAAGCGUACGGUGUUCUUCCCAACAGAUUCGAUGACAAGGUCUGGAUGAGCGAUCAUCGCGCUGUAGUUGUAGAUCUUCUCAUCUGAUCUGGAAGUCAAGUUUGUUUCGGCGUCUACGAACCUGUUAGCAUUGGCAGCGGAAGAUAAUCUAGUUUUGGAAGCAUCCAAGGAACGUUGCGAUCGUAGGCAUUGUUUGCAAUAGGCAGAUCUGCAUGUCAGAGUAGGUCCCCAGCCGUUCAGCCGCGCCUAGCGACCUGAGACCUACGCUGCGCCAGAUGCACAGUAUCAAC